GCGCUGCUUGCCGACUGCUCGCGCGUGAUCAGCGACUCGCUCGCGCGGGAUCCGUCGAGCUGGAGCGAGGAGGAGCGCUCUCAGCUUCACCAGUGGCAGCUCUGGCUCUCUCUUGAGCGAGGCGAAGACGGGCAGCAGCAUCUUCUCCCCGCCCCCCAGCGCAAGCUUUGCCGCGUUGCUAUGGAGGAGCAUCUCGAGCCGCGCACUGGCUACUCGCUCGACCUGGCGCUGCCCUCGUCACGCAUCGCGGUCGAGGUGGACGGCCCCUCUCACUUCCUGCUGCCCGACGGCCUGGGCGUGCGCAGACCCAACGGGCCAACGCUGCUCAAGCGGCGCCUCCUCGCGGCGGCUGGCUGGAGGGUGAGCAGCGUUCCAUUCUACGAAUGGAACGGCUUCGCGACGGCCAAGGAGCGGCAAACCUACCUGGAGAGGGCGGUUGCCCCGCUGUUGGGGUAG